AUGAAUCCAAAUCGAGAGGAGCGGCGGUUGAUGCGCCAGCGUGGGGCAGGCAAUCGCGCAGCAAAAGAUAUCGACUUUGGUUUUGGCACCGUCUUCGGUGCUCCAAAAAUACUUUCUCCGGGUGCGCCAGCACAUGCAUCUCAGCCGGAAUCCACGAUCCCGCGUACACGACGAUCCUCCUCCCGCAAGACGCCGACUCCAGAUCGAAGGCGAAUAACUUCCUCGCCAUUACCCCGACAAACUCCUACCGGGACUCAAAAUAAAUCUUCCAGCAGAAGUACCCCUGAGAGCGGGAGAAACACCCGUCCACAGAGGAUAUCGAUAUUCGAUAUCCCACCGGAUGAUGGCGCAGAUCAAGGACGAGAGCACAAAAGGAGAAGAAUUGUGCCUUUUGAGCCGAUUCCAGAAGAUACUGUAGUAAACAGCGAAAGCGAACAUGUACGCGAACCUGAUACAAGAACGGCAGCAAGCGACGCGAAGCCUUUCCCCGAUGAACCGUCCAAUUUGGGUGAAGUUGGGCAUGAAUAUCGCGCCUCCUUAACUGGACGGCAUACGGAAGAAAAUGGUGCACAACUGCUGGAGGGUCAGCCGGAAAGACAAAAUGAAGAGCCUGUGGCCAUAACAAUCGACAGAAUACAGGAGAAGGGCGAGUUGAGGCCUCACAAAAAGAGUCUGCAUCGGAGAAAAAGGAAAUCAGUUGUUCAGGGACCUAAGCGGCGGAAAAGAGCUUCUCUUGUAGGCCAGCUGAGGACGGAGCCCAACCAGGAGGCCGAACCUGAACCUGGGCCAUCGCCAGUGCCAGUCUCAGGACCCGAACUUGAAACCGAGCAAGAAUUCAGACCCGAACCGGGACCAGAGCCUGAACCACAUAGUGUAGAAGCCGAGGAAAGAUAUGGUAGAAGUCACACUGAUGAACCUGUCGGACUCCCGAGACGGGAUCCUAAGAAGAGGAAGUCUGUUCGGCAAUUACUCACUAGACACAAACGACGUGGGACACUUGAUCACGCUCAAACCCAAGAGCAUCAAAAUGAGGAACAGAUUAUAAGGUCAGAGGAGCCAGACGAAAACUCUGUAGGUGAUGACAAUGAAGUAAAUGCAGGCCACGAGGAGGACGGCCAAAAGAGGAGCACUUCGCCCAAGCAAACGACAAAGCCAAGACGAAAAUCAAGGCGGACAGUCAAAGGACGAGGCCGUCAGACACAACAGCCACAGCCAGAGCAAGUAGUAGAAGAAGUACAGGAACCCAGCCAGUCGAGACCACCACAAAGAAAGCGACGCAGUCGAAAGUCAUCUGAAGAACCAAAUGCUGAGGGCGAGCCAGAAUCUCGCGGAGGCACCGUCCCUGUUAUCGUACACCGUUUUGCCAACCUUUCAGCCCUCCGUAAUGUUACUGGCGAUGACGAAGGUACCCCCAGUGAGACAGCUCAGCCGGAUGACCCAUCUGGCCGUCACAAAUACCCCAGUCGUAACGGAGUAAAUCCGGCCGACGUCCUGGGUCAGAUCUGCCGCGAGACGCUUGAGAAAACAAUUUCCAAACUCGCAGAGGGUAUCGAACAGGAAUCAAAUUCGGCGCGACGAGUGGAGUGGACGCGGAAGCGCAAAACGGUAGAAUUGUUUGGCGUAGAACUUGAACAGCGGCUCUUCGAUAUGAGCGAGCUUCUGGAUAGCAACUUCGUCUUGUCCGCGCGUCUGAAGAGAGAGAAACGGGAUAUGGCUUUUCUACGGAAUCGGUUGGUUGAAUUGCGGAAAGAGCGGGAGGACGUUGCUCUGCGGAUAGACGAGGUACGGAGGAAGUAUACUGAGGAUGAACAUGUAAAAACGGAACAUGAUAAUCUCAAUAAUUCCCUCCACGAUCUUCAGCUUGCGAUUGACCGUGGCCGCAAAGUCGACGAUGAGCCAGUCCCGCACCCUGUGAUUGGCCUUGAGUUUCUCCUCCGCACAGUCGCUCACGAUGGGUAUUUGCGGAGUAGUUUACUGGCAGUAUUGGACGGGUUCGGCGUUUGCACGUUUGAGGAAUGCUCUUGGUGUGAUUGUAUUGGAAUCAAGUGGGGAGAAUGGGGUUGA